UUGAGCGUGGUCCGAAGAAACGACAAGUCAAACCAUUGGCGACAUCUCUCCUGGAAGCUUUGGAUUAUGACAGCUCAGAUGAUAGUGAUUUUAAAGUAGGAGAUGCUUCAGAUUCUGAUGGAAGUGGAGAGAGUGGAGGCAAAGAUAGUGAAGAUGGUUCGGAGAGUGAGCAAGGGCACAAUCACAGUGAAGAAGAAUCUGAAGAAGAUAACAAAUGCAAAACUGACACAAAAGUUGAAGAGGAGUGCACAGAGGAACCGUCAGAAGAAGCUGACAUCAGCGAACAAAGUGAAACUGUCAAGGCAACUAAGGAAACUGGAGAUGAAGCUGGGGCUGAUGAGUCAAACGAUGGACAGAAGAAAUGGAAUCUGCGUAAAAAAAGAUCAAUGUUAGAUAUGAUAUCAGUAGAAGAACUAAAUGGGUUUGAUGAUUAUGAUAGUGAAGAUGAUAAUGAUUGGCAACCUAGUGGAAAGAAGAAAGGAAAAGGUGUCAAUAAAGACAAUGGAGAUGAUGAAGGAGGUGGUGAAGAGGAUGAUGAUGAUGAUGCCAGUGACAGUGAGAAUGGGGGUGGUGAUGAUGACGAAGAGAACUGCAGCAGUGCUAGUGAAGAAGAUAAGAGAAUCCGAAGAAAAAAUAGACUUUCCAGUAGAAACGUUGCGGAGACUGAAGGAACAACUGAUGGUUUUAUUCUGACACAGAACAAGAAAUAUGAGGACUCAGUUUUAACAGACCAGAACUUUAGUUCUCAGAAGAUGGACUUUGUACAGAUAUGCUGUGUGUGUCUGGGAGAAAAUAGUGAAGAUGCAGAUGAAAUAGUACAAUGUGACAAUUGUGGAGUAACUGUACAUGAAGGUUGCUAUGGUGUUGAUGGAGAGAGUGACUCUAUUAUGAGUUCUGCCUCUGAGAACUCCACAGAACCCUGGUUCUGUGAUGCGUGUAAAUGUGGAGUAACGCCUAGUUGUGAGCUGUGUCCGAGCGUGGAUGGAAUUUUUAAAGAGACAGAUGCUGGAAGGUGGGUCCAUGUUGUCUGUGCCCUUUAUGUCCCUGGAGUUGCAUUUGGAGAUAUAGACCGACUUCGUCCUGUUACCCUUACAGAAAUGAACUAUUCUAAAUAUGGUGCCAAGGAGUGCAGUUUAUGUGAAGACCUACGAUUUGCUCGAACUGGAGUCUGCAUAAGCUGUGAUGCUGGCAUGUGCCGGGCAUACUUCCAUGUGACCUGUGCUCAAAGAGAAGGGCUACUUUCUGAAGCCGCUGCUGAAGAGGAUAUAGCUGAUCCGUUUUUUGCAUAUUGCAAACAGCAUGCUGACAAAUUUGACAGAAAAUGGAAACGAAAGAACUAUUUAGCUUUACAGUCAUACUGUAAAAUGACCUUGCAAGAACGAGACAAGCAUGUCAGCCCAGAAGCACAGGCACGCAUCACUACAAGGCUCCAGCAAUACCGUGCGAAAGUGGAGUUCAAUCGUAAUGCCAAACCCAAUGCGUGGGUUCCCAGGGAGAAGCUACCACGCCCACUCACCAGCAGUGCUUCUGUUAUCCGCAAGCUUAUGCGGAAAGCUGAACUGAUGGGGAUUAGCACAGACAUCUUCCCUGUGGACAAUCUAGAUACCAACUCUAGUGUGGAUGGCAGGAGGAAGCACAAACAGCCAGCCUUGACUGCUGACUUUGUGAAUUAUUACCUUGAGAGGAACAUGAGAAUGAUGCAAAUACAGGAAAACAUAGCUGAGCAGAAGAACUUAAAGGAUAAACUUCAAAACGAGCAGGAAUCACUUCAUGUAGAGUAUAAUAAGUUGUUUGAAUCGUUGGAAAAUCUGAGAAAUAUGAACAGCAAAUUGCGUAGAGAAGGACAAACUCUGUGGAGUACACUUGGUAACAUUGCUGGCCAGAAGUUGAAUUACCCAGUAAUCCUACGCACGCCCAAGGAACGACGACUAAGUAAGAAAGAUGGAGGAACUUUGAAAUCAUUGUCAUCACCAGCAGUACUGUACAGCUGUGGAAUUUGUAAGAAGAAUCACGACCAACAUCUUCUCGUCCUGUGUGACACUUGCAAACUCUAUUACCAUCUGGGUUGUCUGGACCCACCUCUAACAAGAAUGCCCAAGAAAACCAAAAAUAGUUACUGGCAGUGCUCAGAGUGUGACCAAGCAGGUAGCAGUGACUUGGAGGCAGACAUCACCAUGGAAACUUUACCAGAUGGGACCAAGAGGUCGCGGAGACAGAUUAAGGAGCCUGUGAAAUUCACUCCACUGGAUGUUGCGACUGAACCAAAGAAGAUCAUAAACAAAAAUAUGAAAAGUAGAGGCCAAAAACGAAAGCGUGGAACCAGUUCUGAUGGAGAAAAAAAUGAGGAACCAACUCCUCCUCGAGCCAGAAGACGUCGACAGGCAUCCUCUUCCUCAUUUCCAAAAAGACCAAAAUCAGAAGAUUCGAGAACAGAAUGUGCUACAUGUAAGGGGCCUGGAGACAAUGAAAACUUAGUCAGAUGUGACGAAUGCAGACUCUGUUACCACUUUGGUUGCCUUGACCCGCCACUGAAGAAGUCCCCGAAACAGACAGGCUAUGGUUGGAUCUGUCAGGAGUGUGACUCGACAUCUUCAAAAGCUCUUCUGAAACUGAUGGAGCCUGAUAACCAUAUUGACUACAAGCUUUUCUCUUCGGAUUGCAAUAGCAUUCAAUCGCAAGAAGAUGAUGAAGAGCUCGAGGAAGAUGAAGAGGAGGGAGAAGAUGAGAAUGCAUUGGAAGAAAACAAUUUCAACCCAGCAAGUUAAUACAAUACGAGUAGGAAAGCCCUUGCAUGCAAAAGAGGAUAAGUAACCAGUGGAGACCAGGCUUUGGUACAUUAGAUCAAUUGAUGUAUAAUUCAGUACAAUUGUCAUUAAAAAGUUGUUCCAGGUCCUGUGUUUUUAAAUUUGCACCGAUGAGGACAUGUUAAUAAAUACCUCAAACAUUUUUAAAAAUUACAGCCUUCUAUAUAUUUGUAAUCCCUACUGUAACAAGCCAGUGUAUUCAUUACUUCACGUUCACAUAGCUGCAUGUGCCAAUAAACCAGUUCCAGAUUCCACCA